AUGUCUUCCUCUACCACCAACAGCCGCUUCGACCCUACUUUCACCGACCAAGUGGUCAAUGCCAUGGGUCCCAAGACCCCCGAGCGGGCGCGCGUCAUCCUCGGAUCGUUGAUUCGCCACAUCCACGACUUUGCCCGUGAAGUUGAAUUGACCCCUGCCGAAUGGAUGACGGGUGUGGAAUUCAUCAACUCCAUUGGAGCCAUCAGCACCCCCAUUCGGAACGAGGGUCAUCGAAUCUGCGAUGUGAUCGGUCUGGAAUCGCUCGUGGAUGAGAUCGCCAACAAGAUCGUCACCGAACAGGGCCUGUCUCCAACCUCCAACGUCAUCUUGGGACCCUUCUGGUCCCCCAAUGCGCCCUUCCGCGCUUUGGGUGACAGCAUCAUCCAGGACCCACUCCCCAACGGCCGAGUCACCUAUAUGCACGGUCGUCUGACCGAUAUGGAGACCGGCAAGCCCAUCGCGGGCGCCGUCCUCGACAUCUGGCAAGCCUCCGCCAAUGCCAAGUACGACUUCCAGGACCCCGAGCAGAGUGAGAACAACCUCCGGGGCAAGUUCCGCUCCAACGCCAACGGCGAGUUCUACUGGUACUGCUACCACCCCACGGCCUACUCUCUGCCCACCGAUGGUCCCGCCGGUGUGCUCUUGAACUUGAUGGACCGUUCGCCCAUGCGUCCUGCCCAUAUUCAUCUGAUGAUCACUCACCCGGAAUAUGCCACCGUCAUCAAUCAGAUCUACCCCAGCACCGAUCCCCACUUGGAGAUUGACUCUGUCUUUGCCGUCAAAGACGAUCUUGUGGUGGACUUUAAGCCCAAGACCGACGAUCCCAAGGCGGAAUUGGACCUGGAGUACAAUGUUCGCAUGGCGCAGAAGAAGCACCACCCCCACCCCAACUCGGAGCCUCCCAAGUCCUCCUUUGAGCGUUCCAUGGGCGCUAACAAGCUGUAA